UGUUAACUGGAUACAUCCUAAAAGUGAGCAUUUUUGAAUGUUUAAGUCUAAUAACACAUUUUAAUCAUGAUAGUUGUUCCCUCUUUCCCACCACAGAGGAUGUGCAGACACCAGAUACUAGAGGAGGACACCAGGGGGAGCCCUUUCUGCUACACAACCUGCUUCAGCUGCUGGAGGCACGGCGACGCUCUCCCGUCACGCACGCGCUGAAGCUACAGAGCGAGAGAGAGAGAGGGAGGGAGGGAGAAGCGCGCUCUCGUGUGCUGGACUCAUCUAGGAGCAGAGACGGCGGAGAGAGGAUCUCCCGGCGUGGAGGCGCAGACCGCGGGAGGGGGGGCAAGGAACGAUGCCCUGCUAUCGCCGGUAGCCGCGGUGCUUCCGUGCGGACACUUGCAACCCCGUUUCCCCUCCUCCAUCUCCUACCAAGAACCACCGGAGCAUUCACGGGAAUCAUGAUGACCAAAACAGGGACACUGAUUCUUCUCUGUGCGUUCCUGUGCUCCGGGGAAUUCCAGGAACAAGAGCCAGACCCCCGCAGGCUGCCUCCUCCGCCGGCCACGUUGGACUUCGGCUACGUGCCCGCGGGGGUCUACGAGACGGUGGCCCAUUACGAACCUGGACCCAUCGGGAUCCUGUUCCACAUGGUGCACACUUGGCUGUGCCUGGUCCAGCCCAACGACUUCCCGCAAGAUCUCCUGGUCAGAUUGGCCAAGGACAGGUUUGGGGCCAUUCAGACUGAAUACCAGAAGCCAGAGAACAUAGUGCUGAGCCUGCAGGCCGUCUACUACGAGAUGGGCUUCCUGGUGUGUGCGGUGGUGGGCGCACUCUUCACCGUCCUGGUGCCCGUGGUGGGCCUCUUCUUCUGCAUGUGCCGCUGCUGCGACAACUGUGGCGGCGAGAUGCACCAGCGCCAGAGGAAGAACGCCGACUGCCGGCGCGGCCUGCUGGGGACGCUGCUCUUCUCCACCUCGCUGGUCAUCACGAUCGGCGUGUUGUGCGCGUACGCCGCCAACCAGAACCUGAGCGCUCAAGUCAAGAACAUCCGCCGUCUGGUCAACAGCAACAUGAGGGACCUGCACACCUUCGCCAACGACACGCCCAUGCAAAUUGAUUACCUGUCCUCCCAGUACUCCACUGCCAAGAACCAAGUCCUGUACGACCUGGAGAACAUAGGUCCACUAUUAGGUGGAAGGAUACGCAAUCAGUUAGAUAAGGAGGUGCAGCCUGCCUUGGACGCCGUGCUGAAGAUGACAGGAGUGAAAAUCGACAGAGCCAUCAAAGCCAUGCGAGAGACCAAGGAGGCCCUGGAGAACGUCAGCGUGUCGCUGCAAGUCCUGCAGGAGGGCACGGGCAAGCUCAACUUCAACUUGAGCCUGGUGAGGGCCAGCAUCAACCGCACCCUCAACGACCCCGGCUGUCACGACGAGGAGUCGGACGCCACCUCCGCCCAGCUGUGCCGCAACAUCCGCCAGUCGCUGUCACAGCUGCAGAUCAGCGCCAACUUCACGCGGCUUCCCAACGUGAAUUCUCAGCUGGAGAAGAUGAACGCCGUCUUGAAGGCGGAUCUCAGCGCCGUCGUGCACAAGGGUUACGCCUCCUUGAACGACACUCCUUAUAUGGUGAUGGUACAGACCAGAAACGUUGUGGACAGGGUGCAGAGGUUGGUGGACGACAUCGGCAGCAGCAUCAGCAACUUCUCCAAAGCUUUCCCGGUGCAGAGUUCACUCUCCAACUUCACCAUCUUCAUCAGCCACGCCCACGCCAAGAUCGAAGACCACUACCCCGACAUUGACCGACUGGACUUCUACAGGUGGAUGGGCUGCGUGGCUCUGUGCUGCAUGGUGGUCCUGGUGCUGGCCUUCAACUACUUGGGGCUGCUGUGCGGCACUCUGGGAUACGACAAGCACGCCUCUCCCACCACGCGGGGAUGCAUCUCCAACACGGGAGGAACCAUGCUGAUGGCCGGCGUGGGCUUCAGCUUCAUCUUCUCCUGGGUGCUCAUGGGCCUCCUGACCGCCAUCUUCCUGCUGGGAGGAAACAUGGAGAAGCUCCUCUGUGAGCCGUUUCACACCAGAGAACUCUUUAAGGUUGUGGACGCUCCAUACCUGGUGAGCUCCGAGUGGAAGAACUUCAUCCCGGGAUACAUGUACAACGACUCCGAGCUGGAGCUCACUGCAGAGAGCCUGUACAGUACUUGCAAAGAAAACAAAGGCAUUUACUCCGCCAUGCGUCUGGACAAAGUCUUCAACGUCUCCUCUUUCCUCAACGCCACAGUGUUUACAAAGGACGUGGCGGCUCAUCUGAGCGGCGUCAAAAUUGACCUGAGAGGAAUCAUCUUGUUGGAAGCGGAGGGCAAGCAGAACCUCCUGGAUUUCUCCGAGGCCGGACUGUCGGAAACCAACUACGCCGACUACUUGGAGGAGGUCAACAAAGGCGUGACAGUGGAGGACCUGCUUUCAUUUGCCAAAGAGCUGGAAGCCCAGACGGACCUCAUGCCUAGGGGCCGUCUGCAAAGCGCUCUGAAAGGUCACGUGGGCACAGUAAGACAGAUCCACAACCAGCAGGUGGUCCCCAUGCAGCAGGCCAUGAGUGCGCUGAACCAGAGCAUGAGGUUCCUGGAGAGGACGGCCUCAGACCUGCCGAACAAAGUGUUAGCAGUGCUCGAUGCUGUGGACGCCACACAGUAUCUCAUCUCCCACAAUGCAACACACCUCAUUAACCGGGAAACUGCUAAAUACACAGCAGCCAUUGUGGGCUACUUCAAUCAGUACAUCGAGUGGGUCAAGACGUCUCUCGCCAUGGAAGUGGCGCCGUGCAAGCCCUUCAGCAACAUGCUGGACACGGUGGAAAUCAUCACCUGCAGCUUCCUGGUGGACUCCAUGAACGUGUUCUGGAUGGGUCUGGGCUGCAGCACGCUCUUCCUCAUCCCCAGCGUCAUCCUGGCCGUCAAGCUGGCCAAGUUCUACCGCAGGAUGGACACGGAGGACGUUUACGACGAUAUGGAAAGUGGUAAUAAUGGUUAUCAUAUGGAGCCCUCACAAGGCAUCCUAAACCCCCCCAUGACGAGCAUCCCGACCUAUGACACCAUGAACAGGUUCCCGCGGGCCUCGGCUCCUCCGAGGCACAUCGACUGGUGACCGAGAGCUCUGGUUGUGGUUCCUCUCAGCGGCCAUGAAGGCUGGAGCUAAAGUAGUGGACGUUUUAUCAGGAUUCUCCGGUGAUGAAAAGUGGGACUGAACCCAACUGAAAAUGAGGAUUUUGCGAGCCCGUGGAUUGUUUUCAUCUUCAUCUUCAUCUUCAGUCGGCCGAGACCUUUCCGCAGGACAUCAAGCUAGCUGUUCUCCAUCCGGGCCCGUCUGGUUCUGGAUGGAUCCGACCACUCAUUGGGCUGCCACCUCUCUGUUUACGUUGGUCUCACCUGGACUUGACGCUAUUUCAACACAACCGUGACGCUAAGUAGUCACAGGAAGGUAACAACACGAUGCUAGCAGAUGUGCUAAUGAGACGGCGUGCUUAUUUUCUCAAACGGACGGACGCAAAUAACGUUUGGUAUUUGCACCAUGUUGGCACCAUUGAAGUUUGAGGUAAAAAAAAAAAAAAAAGAAGAAGUAGAUGGACUGUACCUAGCAUGACUUUCAAUGUUUACAAUAUCAAUAAUAGAAGGUCGCUCAUCCUUUUGGGGCUCGUUGCAUACAGACUGGUUGCCUUUUACUUUGGCAUUUACUGCUUUUUAAAGGGACGCUUCACCCUGAGACGCGCUUACGCUUGUUUAAAAGUAUCGUGUUGUUAGCUUAGCCGUUUUUGAUAACAUUGUACGGUUCUGCAAAUUUCGCCACAACUCCGAGCGUUGAAAUACUUCAACUUCACCCGCAUUGGAUUAAUCGUCGUCCUUCCGUCCGACCAUUUCUGUGCGGCCAACGCAGGUCACCGUUUUGGGAACAAAUUAGGAACAAAUUGAAUGCGUUUGUAACCGUGCUGCAGAGCUCAACAUGGGCCAAAAACAGUAUCGUUUACUUCAUUUUUGAUGAAGUUAUGACAUUUUUCAUUCGUUGAAGUCAUUCAAAAGGUGGUUAACAUUUGAUAUUAGCAUACUACAAUAUGUCGCAUUAGCAUAAACGUGUGAAGGAUUGCCUGUCUUGGAUACAUUGUGGUCGUCUACAAGCAGUUUAUCACCAAUUCACAACAUUUGCAUACAAGAUGAAAUAAGUUUAACCAAAGAGUGACUUCACCGCCUGCAAAUGAAACUUUUAACUAACUAUAAAUAUUUCAAGAAAACAUGCCUAGCUUUUUAAUUGUUAUGUUAUUCAUCAGCAUUGCAAACCCUCCAAUUCAUCCUUUAUCAUUCACUGUUUGGAGAACAAUCACAGAAAAAUCAAUCAGUAUUCCCACAAAUCAAUCAAACUAUUACUAUUUUCAUUCAAAAGUGUUAGAGAAUUUCUCCUUUAUGUCAUUUUAUUACCAUUCUAUGUCCUUUUUUUUAACAAUUCAAUGUAAUUACAAAGGUGACGGUACUUACAAAGUGGAGAAUUGUUCUUCUCAAGCCAAAUUCUAUUUUUUACCGUAGAUCUCAGGUGGUUUUUAGCACUUGCUCCAUAACUACCCGUUAGUUUGUUGUGUGUUUUGUUAUUCUUUUUUAUUAAUCUAUCAUGAUGUUAACUAAUGAUACAUUUAUGGAAUAUACACUAGAAGAAGUGAAUGUAUUCAAGUUUGUUUGAAAUUUGCUGUGCGCUGGAACGGAUCGCUAACGCAUCCUUGGUAACGUACGCACGUUCAUGCUAGUCGCUGCUGUUGACGUCAAAAAACAAAAGAUGAUCCAUCCAUUGGAUGACAAUAUGGGAUUUUAUCUUUAAGCUGAUGGUGUUGACACGACGCAUACUGUGACAAAUUUUUAAAUGUGAAAUGACGGCCUCCGCUUUCCGCAACUUGCUAAUUUAGCAAGCUAGCAAGUGUCUGACAAUGCCAUCUUGUAAGAAGAGAUUAAGCUAGGAUAAGUUAACUUCUUGAUUUUUAUUUUUUUAAGUCUCAUCUUGAGAUGAACCAAGUAUACAAAUGCCAUCAUUUGAUUUUUAAACAUUUUUUUAGAGUGUUUCAGAGUGUUUUCAUUCAGCUGGGUUGUUCUGUGUAGCAAUUUCAUCCAACAAAUUCAAAUGUCACAAAUGAUAUCCCACUUUGUAGUAACCUUUCCCUCUUAAAUAUGAAUGAUAACCUUCAGGAAGCAAAAGCGCUUGGUUGUAUUCAUAUUUGGUAGCAGCAUGUUUGGCUACAGAUGCUAAUCCAGGUUAGGUAGUAAACUAGCGCACCUUUUGUGCUCCAUACAGUUCCAUUGCAAGGAUGUAUGGAUUUAUUUCCACACAGUAAUGGUUUGUAUGGCGACACAGGCGCCACAUUUAACGGAGUAGUUAAAAUGCAUUGUAACGUCUGCACAGACGAGGAACUGGUUACGGACUGUAAAGACGCCAAAAGCACACCAGCACCACAGUGUAGAGAUGUGCCAAACUCGUGCAUUUCAUACUGAAUCGGGACCCACGGGUGCUCGGCUACGUUAACUCGUUCACUUACUCACCCCUGCCACCAGCCACGUGUCAGGCCGCAAAUGAAUGCGGGACAAGUCGGGGGAGGGGUGGAACUUGUUACUCUGUGACGGGUGGCUCGAGUGAAUCGAGUACCCAGUUCACUUCAGUGUGCGACUCAUAAGACCUCGAGUCCGUGAAAGGAAUCGGGUUUCCCAUCACUACAACAUUGGCUGUCAAUAUGCGAUCCACGCCGGAAAACGCCAUCGGUUCUGCACACGCGUGAGACUACGUCACUUCCUCCAGGAAUUUUUAAGACAGCGCUUCUGCAGCGUCACACACGGUGGUAUUUAUUGUUGUUUUACAUUUCAGUUCAUUUUCAAACGGUCAAUAUAUGUAAUAUAUUGGGGGGUUAUUACCUCCGCCAAGGAGGUUAUGUUUUUUAACCGGCGUUUAUCUGUUUGGUUGUGUUCAAAAUAACGUGAAAAGUUCUCAAAUGGAUUUGGACAAAAUUUUGAGGUAUUGUCAGAAAUGGGAUAUGGAAGAACUGAUUCAAUUUUGGGGUGAUCCGGAUCACCGUCUGGAUCCAGGAAUUUUUUAAAGGAUUCUUAAACAUUGCCAGAGAGGACCAUUUUCGGCAUUUGUGCAUAUAACUACACAAAAAAUGGUCAGAAGAUUUGGGGACAAAAAUACAGGAAGGUGAAGUUUCCAAGAGGUUCUACAAAAUAUCAAAGACUAAUCCAGAUUUAUAAAGAAUAUCUCCAGAUAAUAUGAACGAUAAUCAGAUGAAGACAACGGAUUUGUUGUAGCUUCAAAAGCUACGGUGCUAAAUCCAGAAACCACCAUCACGGAAAAUGUGAUUUUUGUGAAGAACUACUGAACUAAUAUUGAUAUCGUUAUGAAUCCAGUUGCUAGUGGUACCUUCCAUGGUCAAGGAAUCUAAAUAUGCAGAUAAUUUAAAUGCAGGACUAAUAUUUAUGGUGUAAAUCACAAUAUGGGGGAACUAUGGCGCCUAGCGGAGGUCUGCGCUCUCUGAGUGCUUUUCUAGUUUUCUUAGUGAUUCUUAUUAAUAUCUCGCUAGCAGGCGAUGGUACUAUCGUCUUUCUUCACCGAGCGUGACCCUACGUAAAAACCUACGCAAACGUAGGCCAACCGGAUGAAGGCGUGUUCUGCACAUGCGUAGAACCGGUUGCGUUUGCGGUACGGAUUGCGUAGUGACAGCUGGGAGCUUUUCCUCAACCGACACCCACGCCCCAACCCCUGGUGCGUUCACGGCAACCCAAAACUGUCAGACAACACAAACAUGUAUAACCGGUAUAACUUCCGCGUUGCUGCAGUAUCAAUUAAAAGGCGUCCGCGCUCACCUUCAGUUGUAAAAAAAAAUAAAUAAAUAAAUAAAAGGCUCACUAUCAACUAUGAACUGUUUUUUUUUAAACAUUUCAAUUAUUUUUGUUUGUUUCUUAGUGCUUACAUGAGCGUGAGUGAAUUGUCAAUAAAGAUUUUCAUUUCAGCUU